GAGAGGCAGCGCGAGGUACGUGACUUGCUCGAGGAGUUCGACCAGGUCCUCGACGAACCCAAGGGACUGCCGCCAUAUCGAGAGUUUGACCACCGCAUACCCUUGGUCGAGGAAGGUCGAGCAGUGCACGUGCAUCCGUAUCGAUACGCACACUUUCAAAAGACAGAAAUCGAGAGGCAGGUGGGCGAGAUGCUCGAGUCCGGGCUCAUCCAGCAUAGCACGAGCCCAUUCUCAUCACCGGUGUUGCUCGCAAAGAAGAAGGACGGAACUUGGCGGUUCUGCACGGACUACCGCGCUCUUAAUGCCGCUACCGUAAAGGAUCGUUUUCCCAUCCCAAUUGUCGACGACAUGCUGGACGAGUUAGGAGGCACGCACUAUUUCUCCAAGCUCGACCUACGCGCGGGCUAUCAUCAGAUUAGAUUGGCCAAGGAGGACGUGCCCAAAACGGCUUUUCGCACGCACCAGGGUCACUACGAAUAUCUCGUGAUGCCUUUCGGGUUGUGCAAUGCACCAUCGACCUUUCAGUUUGCCAUGAACUCGAUUUUUAAGAGGUACCUACGAAAGUUUGUAUUAGUAUUCUUUGAUGAUAUUUUGGUGUACUCAAAAACAUGGGCAGAUCAUCUCGAGCACUUGCGAGUUGUUUUGAAGAUUUUGGCGGCUAACUCAUUUUAUAUCAAGCCAUCCAAGUGCUCGUUUGCCCAAAAGGUGGUCGAAUACCUUGGGCACUUUAUUUCUCAUGAUGGUGUUAAGGUGGACCCAAGGAAGAUCGAGGCGAUGGUGGGAUGGCCAAAACCCAUGAGCUUGACGCAGUUGCGAGGGUUCCUUGGUCUCACGGGCUACUAUCGAAAAUUCGUGAAAGACUAUGGGACCAUCGCUAAGCCACUUACGGAAAUGACGAAGAAAGGAGCUUUCAAAUGGACCGAAGCAAGCGAGAUGGCAUUCGAGGAGCUGAAGAAAGCCAUGACAACCACGCCCGUGCUUGCGAUGCCGAGGUUUGAUGUGCUGUUCGAGAUUCACUCAGAUGCAAGCGACAUUGGAAUCGGAGCGGUUCUAGUACAGGAAGGACGACCCUUGGCUUAUCUCAGCAAAGCUCUCGGGCCGGCGCGCUUAGGGUUGUCCGCAUACGUGAAAGAGAUGCUAGCCGUGGUCGAGGCCGUGCGUGUGUGGAGGCCGUAUUUGCUUGGGCGACGCUUUCGGAUUGUCACGGACCAGCAGCCGCUCAAGCACUUGCUCGAGCAAAGGAUCGUGACGCCCGAGCAGCAGAAGUUCGUGUCCAAAUUGAUGGGGUUCGACUUCGAGAUAGUGUAUCGACCCGGUCGCCAGAACACCGUGGCCGAUGCAUUGUCUCGCAGGGAAGACGUGGCCGAGCUCGACGCAAUAACGGGGCCGACGUGGGCCGUAUGGAACGAGCUUCGAAAGGCACAAGACGAGGAUGCGCAUUGCCGGGAUGUGAUCGAGAAGCUGAACGUGGGACAAGACGAGGACGAGGACCAUGACAUGCACGAGGGCUUGCUCCUUUAUCAUGGUCGAGUCGUCGUGCCCAAGGCGGGAUCAUUGCGCGAGGAAAUCAUCCGGCACUUCCACGACUCGAAGUUUGGAGGACACUCCGGGGUGUUCCGGACAUGGAUGAGGAUUGCGAGCACUUUUUAUUGGCCAGGACUGAGAGGCGAUGUACGCGACUACGUUAGGCGGUGUGAUGAGUGCCAACGCACUAAGGCGGACGCACGUCGACCAGGCGGGCUGCUCCAACCCUUGCCGGUCCCCGCACGUAUCUGGGAGGACAUCACCAUGGAUUUCAUCGAGGGGUUGCCACUCUCGAAUGGGUUCAAUGGAGUCAUGGUGGUAGUCGACCGUCUUAUCAAGUAUGCGCAUUUUAUUCCACUUACUCACCCAUACACGGCUAAGUCUAUAGCAAAAUUAUUUGUCGAAUAUGUGAUGAAAUUACAUGGGGUGCCGCGGUCGAUUGUGUCCGACCGGGAUCGGAUAUUUAUGAGUAGCUUUUGGUCAGAGUUCUUUAAAUUGCAGGGAACCGAGCUAAGCAUGAGCUCAGCUUAUCAUCCACAAACCGAUGGACAGACAGAGGUGACCAAUCGCACGCUCGAGCAAUACCUUAGGUGCUAUGUGCAUCAAUUUCCGAAGCGAUGGGAGAAUUAUCUACCUUGGGCCGAGUAUUGGUAUAACACCACUUACCAUAGCUCGACUAAGGCAACGCCGUUCGAGUUGGUGUACGGGCGCAAACCACCGACGAUCGUGAGUUACUCGAUAUGGAGCGCC